GCUUCUAUUGGAAGCGUCGCCGGCAACAUGGCACAUUGAAAUUGAUUUAUAUAAAAAAAACGCAAAAUGGCGGCAUCUAGCCAUGAGUCGGCUUGGUGUUUAUGUGUAUUUUGAUGCAAUCAGGAGUUUCAAAGUUUGUCAACAAAAAAGUUUUGGGCUUGUGGUUGCCCAUAGAAUCGGGUGAAGUUUUUAGUGGCUUUGGUUUGAACUUUGAUAGUGGGCCGUUCCGAGCUGGUCAAUAAGUGACGCGUUUUGGAUUACUCGUUUACUGACAUUUAGAUACAAGUGUGCUACAAAUUCGACAACAGCAUGUCGAGUACUUUUGUGGCAGAUACCACAGACGAUAGCUCCUCUGCUGGAAACACACUAAUCAUUAUUGUUGAUAAUGACACUGGUGACAUAUCAGUUGAUCAGGAAACACUUCAACUUCUUAGCUCUCAAGAGAAUACAACUCUAAGCGUAGUUAGAGUCAAUGAUGUUGCAGGUGACAGCAGUACUGAUGUCAACAUAACUGUAGAAGAAGAUUUCAACCCAGUCUCUAGCCCUGUACUCAAGGAAAACGAGGAAGAAUUGAUGGAAACUGACCAGGAAAUUGCUCAAGUUAAUGGAAAUGUCAAAGCAGGGCCAAAAAUUAGUGAGCAAGUUUUAGAAACAACAGAUCCACUCUUAGCUCUUGAUCAGGAAGAGAUCGAGAAAAUUGAGCAUGCAUUACAAGCAGAAGCUGGGGCUUUUUUCAACAAUAUUCUCCCACCAGAAGCUGGUCUAGAUGACCUGCUUGAUCCCGAACUUACAGGAGCUCCGGAUGACACUGAGGCUGUUGCGUCCAUCUCACUUGACCAUUGUUAUUCAGCUGCGCAUGGCCCGGCAAUUAGUAACUCGAGAAACGCCGACAGUGCGAUGAGUUCUGAAGUUGAUAGUUCUGAUAGCGUUUCGACGGGUAUAGGUGGUGGUGGUGGAUCAACGCGCCAACCUUCACCUAAGCGGCGUUCCCAACGCCAGAUUGACCGGCAAGAAAUGGAGCAAUUAAAGAAAAUCCGAGCAGAAAAUGAGGAACUUCUCAAAAAGGAGAAGGAAGAGAUGAAUCAGAUCCAACAAGUCAAUACGCCUAAGAAAGAAGCCGAGGCGGAACCGGAGGAGACUCUCUUCGUAGCUAUACCAGAGCCUGUUGCUGUUGCUCCUGAAGAAACUCCUCCUCCCGCUCCAGCGCAACCACUCAGUCGGUUAGCCGUCAUUCGUCAAAAGCUUCAACAAGACAUCCUAAGUGUUGAUCCCGUCAAAGCCAAAGUUCACACACCAUCAUCCAAUCAACCUGUCAAAACACCCUUGCCCAAGACACAGCCGCUGGCCAAAACACCUCAAACUACUCCGGCCAAAACGCCUCCAACAUUGGUGGUUCAAACCAAAUCAUCACCAGUAACUGCAGUCAAAUCGCCUCAAAGUGUUCAAGCAAAUCCAGUUCAAACUGCACCGACACCGCAAUCACCUCAAAAGUCAAUCGACUUUGACCGACAAUCACCCGUGUCUCGUGUUUCCUCCUCGGGUGGAGUCGCAAGGCCGCGACGAGAAAAUCGUCAACCACCUAAACAUCUUCGUGAAGCCUUUAAUCAACUUGAAUUUGAAGGCAUUGAAAGACUAGUGAAGAAAACAUCCACUGUCAAAGGUUUGUCGUCUCCGGAUGAACAACCAAUCAAGACUGAGGACGAUCCGUUGGCUGAAGAAAAACCUGACGAUCCCGUCGUGCCUUCUCCGAAGAAAAUGGAUGAAAAAUCCAAAGAUGGCGAGGAAGAACAAGAUCCAGAGGAUCUGGAUGAAGACGAUGACGAUCCAAGUGGUGAUGGCUCUGAUUCGGAUGAGAAUGAAGAUGAUCCUGAUCGAUUGUGGUGUGUCUGCCGAGAGCCUCAUAACAACCGUUUCAUGAUUUGUUGCGACAAGUGCGAGGAAUGGUUUCAUGGAACAUGUGUUGGUAUUACACGCAGUAUGGGUCGGGAACUUGAGCUUAAAAAACUUGAAUGGAUUUGCCCUAAAUGCGUCAGGCAAGAAUACGCAGACACCCAAGAACCAUUUGUCCAUCUGCAGGACAUUGACUUCCCUGAGAAACCGAUCCCCCUUGUAGAGGAGAAGAGCCCAGUAAAAUCAGUAGAGAAAACGGCACCUCCGAGGAGUACAGAUCCUGUCAAAGCGGCCAAUGAAAAAGCGAAAUUGAAAGCUCAAAUGACACAACGAAGGGUUCGAGUUAGUUCGAGCGGAAGUGGAACGGCCGAAGAAGCUACGGCUGCUCCUCUACGAUGCAUUGUGGCCGGUUGCAAGAAUGAUGCACGCGCAAAUAGCAUUUAUUGUAGCGAUGCAUGUAUUGUGAGUCACGUGCGAGAUUCACUUAUCGCCAUGAGCAAAGAGAAGAUCAAGCAGACCCAGUUACCCGAACCACCAAGCCCCAGCACACCCGUCACACCGACAUCUUCGGGUGCGUCCAAGUGGAAGGAGUCGGUCGAGUUCGGCCAGUUGAUGAGUCAACCCACCCCACUUUUGACUUCCAAAUCGAAAGCCAUUAAUCAACUGAGAAAAUCCAUUUCGUCUGAAGGAGCGUCCAAACCGGCCAAUUUGGCUGACGACACACCCGUUCCUGUUUUGGAGAGAAAGACCGGGAAAAUCCUGAGUGGUUCCGCAGCCCCCAAAGUUGCCAAUUUGGAAGUGUGGCUCAAAGACAAUCCGACUUUUGAAGUUAUUAAACCGGCCACCCUACCGAAUAAUAAACCCCGAUUGUCGAUAUCCACGACACCGGUGGCCUCCUCUGUCUUGCUAAAUGCUAAAUCCGCUUCACCGGCCACUCCGACUUCUUUAACGAGUCAGGCGCCAUCACCUUCGUCGUCGUUGCCCAGAAUAAGAGCGGACAGCAACAGUUCAAAGAAGCUUGGUGAGUCGAAGGUGUUUCGGAAGAGGUCCAUCGAGACGUCCAAAGAUGAAGAAACAUCGAAGAAGGUGGUAGUCCAGUCCGAUCCCGAGUCGACCCGUGCCAGAUCCCGGAGCUCACUGAAGGAAACGCUAUGGAACCGCUGCAAAGAGGCCACCGAUUUGGAGACGGAUGAGCAAGCAGUCGAACAGGUUGCCACUGAAGUAGAAGAAGCUCUCUAUCGCCUCUUCAACAAAGAUGUCGGCACAAAAUACAAAAAUAAAUACCGCACUCUGAUUUUUAAUAUCAAAGAUCCCAAAAACCUGGGUUUAUUCCGCAAGAUCAUCGAGAAGCAGAUAACACCUGGUCAAUUGGUCAAAAUGUCGACCGAGGAGUUGGCGUCCAAGGAAUUGGCCGAAUGGCGUGAACAGGAGGCCAAGCAUCAGCUGGACAUCAUUCAAAAGACGGAACUAGAGCUUAUGACCAUGUCCAAUAAAUAUCUGGUCAAGACUCACAAAGGCGAAGAGAUAAUCGAGGAAGCUGGCAAAGAACUGGAUGAACGAGAGUCGGCCACGUCAACUACCACCACUGUUCCAGCUCCGCUCCUCGAGGCCCUCCAGGACACCACGUCCAAGCACAAGUCGCACUUGUUCGACCUCAAUUGCCAAAUUUGCAGUGGCAAGAUUAAGGAGGAAGAAGCUGACAAGGAUAAGAGCAGCACCAGUAGUUCCAGUACUAGCAUCCGGAAGAGGAGCGAGAAGAGUUCCAAACAGAGUUCACAUCAUUCCGAAUCUAGCAGCAAGCGAUCUGAUAAAGACCGCAGAGAUCACGAUAGGAAGAAAAAGGAUCACGACAAGGAACGGAGUCAUCAUCGCCCAUCGAGAAGUAAAGAUCGGCAUCACAGGCAUCGGUCGGAUCGAGAUAAGGAGCGAGAUAAAGAAAAGAAGAAGGAAGAAGUAAAAAAAGAAGAAGCAAAGAAAGAAGAUGGAAAAAAGGAAGAAAUAAAGAAAGAAGAAGCCAAGAAAGAAGAAGCAAAGAAAGAAGAAAAGCUUCCAGCUCCUGAAGCAGCAAAAGAAGAAUCUGAAACCAAGGAAGAGUCGGUUGUCAAGGAAGACAUCACUGCGUCCAUCGACGAGUCUGAAGCAUUGCCAGUAGAAAAUGCGGAUGAACCCGUCACGGUAGUACAGCCUGUCCAGGAAAAGAAUAAAGAGCCGAUGGAGGAGGAGCCUUCAAGCAAACAAGAACCGACGUCAACUGUUAGCAUAAAGACUCCUGAGCAACAAUCAUUUUCACCAGAGAUGGGUCCAGUCGUCUGGAAGGGCGUCAUCAAUAGUGCAGAGACUGGAAAAGUCAACGUCCAGGCGCUCGAUAUGAGCGGAUCGACGGAUCUAGCCGAUUUGGAAAUGCCUUCAUCGUUGGAUAUUGUGGGCCGCAUUCGGCCGGAAAUGGUGUGGGAAUACGUGAAUCAAACGAGACGAGCGGGCACUCGCGAUAUUGUGGUGUUCAAGUUCACUCCGGCCUCGGAUUCUGACCGGAAGCACUAUUCGUCCUUUCUCAGUCACAUGUACAAACACAACCGGUUCGCCGUUGUUGGGGCCGUCUCCAAGCUCAUCAAAGACUUUUAUGUCGUCCCCUUACCUAAAGAUAGUCCAAUUCCUUUAGCGCUGGUUUCAUUAUCGUCAGGCACUAAAUCUUUAGAUGAAAACCGGACAUCCAGUUUAUUGCUGGGCGUUGUAGUGCGAGCGAGGAAGAAGCGAGCGGUCGAUCAGAUCGGCAAUGGUGGUGCUGCCGUGCCUCACAAAGCGGCGAAAUUGGCCAAAAUGUCGGCAAAGACUACACCUCCCAGUACCGCCAGUAGCGAUUCACCCAGUCUGAACUACAUUCCCACCUCCCGUGCUAAUUCCAAGAUGGCUGGUAAAAGUGAUCCGCCUGUCAGGGCAUCAAAAGCGGAAACCACAUCCAACACUUCACAAAUUCAAGCUGAUGAUGCGCCCUACAGUCCCGGUCAACUUCUCGUUGAAGAAGAAGAACCCGUCCCAGUGGUUGUAGAUGAGGAAUUAUUAAAACAACAAGCCAUGCUGGAAGAGCUGAAUCGCCAGAUUGAAGCUCAAAAACAGGAGCUGGCCACCAUGUCGGCUGAAGUGGCUUCGACGACAUCGUCGGAAAUGAUGAUUCCUGGGUUAGGCGAGCCUGUUAUACCUGGGCUUGGAGAACCUUCGACGUCUUCAACAAGCGGAUGGGCCAGCAUCGAUACAAGAGUGACCCCUUCUACCGAUCCACCAUUCGAUCACUCGGCCAAAGCAGCACCUGCUUCUCUCAAUAAUCUCAAUAUCAGCAAUUUACAGGAAAUUAUUAGCACGAUUCAAAAGAAAGAAAUGGAAAUGAAAAUGAGCAGCAAGACGACUGAAGAUCGUUCCCUGCCGACCGAGCUUUUCUCCCCCCACGACGUUGACAUGAGAAUAGCAGGUCCUAUUCCAGUCCAGCCCGUUGCUCCUGUUCAACCUGUAAUUCCUGUAGGGGUUGUACCGGUUGUGACUCCAGCACCGGAGAAGAAGAAGCCGAGUCUUUUGAAUCAGUUAACUGACGAGCAAUUACUGGCGAAAGCCAUGGAGAUGGAAAUGGAACAAGCUGGAAUACCUGCAGCUCCUAUGGCUGGCCAGCAAUUCUUUCCUCCGCCACGAGGGGCUAUUCCUUAUCCUCCUAUGGGACCGGGGGGCAUGCCAUCCGGCCCACCUAUGAUGGGACAUCCUCGACCGUUUCAUCCGCCUCCGUUCAUGGGAGGUCGUCCUCCUUUUCACGCGCCGCCCGGUAGCGGUUUCCGGCCAAGACCCAACAAGAAAAAACGCUAAAUUGUACAGCCCGUCAUGUCCCUACAUAACAGCCCACGUCUCUCGUUGAUUCUCAAAACCACCUUGUUGCCCAUGGGAAGAUGGAAGUUCAACAUUCUCGAAAUCGUGAGUGCUUGUUUUUUUUUGUUUUUUCAUGUCACAAGACACACAGCUAAGGGAGGAGUAAUUGCAUCCGUGUAAUUAUUGAUUCCGCCACCCGCAACUGACCCAACAAGAAAAGGAAACAUUUAGAGACGCCAAUUACGUUUGCUAUGCCCCCACAGCUAACGAUUUUGUUUUUACAUCUUUUUAUUCCUCUUUUCAGUUUACGUGUGUUUCCCUUAAUCUGUCUUGAUAUCGUAGUCACAUGCAUUGUGUCGUUCUCAUACAAUCGGACCACCAACACACACGCAAUACAACUCACCCUCAUUCAUCAUA